AUGAGAACAGAGGAAGACGCUCAAACACUUUAUCGCAAAGCUAAAUGGACGUGUUUUAGUGUCACUCGUUUGGAUUCCUGUUUAAAGCGAUGCCCAUCAUCCUUCCAGAAGUCUGCAAUAUUGUCAUCUCUAGCGCACUUCAAUGAUUAUUGUGCGCUACUGAGAAAACCGACCAGAGCCGUCAUGAAUUAUUUCACCUGUGAACGAGAACACUUGAGGAAAGUACAGCAGAACUGCGAAGAAGUUUCUGUUUCUUAUGCAUCAAAUUUUAAUGAAAUAUGCAGAAUUUUGGAAAAUUACCAAAAAUGUUAUACAACUCAGAAACAUAACUGCACGGCUGAUGCUCUUGAGAUUAAGGAAAGAAUGGACGACUCAUUGAUGAAGACGUUUGAGACUCUUCUGAAAAUGAAUGCUAAUCAUUUCAAAAUUCCAUCAAAAUGCUCCGUGGGUUUACGUAGGCAUCGUUUGAGACACUUCGAUUAUGAUGAUGAGGAAGACAAUGUUGAUUACAACGAAAGCGAUAGUAACGGUGAGAGCACUCAUGAUUCACCAUAUGUGCAAAAUUUGAAAGCCUUGGAAGCACGCAACAGUCGACAUGGCGAAAACAUGAUAACACCAUCAACAGAAAGCCCCGAUUCCAUUUCAACCUACGCUAUAGACACAACGGAAUACUCCACGUCAACCUUUCCAACUCUACCAGAAAGUAAUGUGAAGAAAAAGCAUUCACUAUCUUUAGAAUAUCGCCAUGAUAUCGAAAGCGAUGAAGAAGCAGAGCAAGCCGACAAAGAUGAGGAUAAUCCGAAGUUAUCACCUCGGCCACGAUGGAUUGGUGACGUCCCGUCAACUUCAUCUAUUGAAACAACAACCCAUCAAGAGUCAGAGCACUAUCGGAGAACACAACAAAUGUUCGCUUCAAAUACUAACAACGAAAAGGUGCUGGAAUGGAAAGAAGGUGAUAAAGUACCAUAUUUGGCUUUCUCAAAAACAUUAGAAAAGAUUGAAAAUGAGAGUUCACGACUUAAAAUUAUUGAGAUUCUUUCCAAGUUUUUCGCAAGAGUGAUAGAUCUAUCCCCACAAGAUCUACCAGCUUCUGUUUAUUUGUGCGUCAACCAAUUAGGACCAGCGUACGAAGGUUUAGAGCUCGGAAUUGCUGAAAACUCUCUCAUCAAAGCUGUCGCUCAAGCUACUGGCAGAAAAAUGGACAAAAUUAAAGAAGAUUUGGCUGUUAAAGGAGAUUUAGGUAUUGUUGCUCAACAAUCUCGUACGAAUCAAAAAAUGCUUUUCAAACCAGCACCUUUGACUGUUCAGGCAGUUUUUGCUAAGUUGAAUCAGAUUGCCAAGCUUUCAGGAGCUAAUGCUAUGAACAAGAAAGUGGAGUUGAUCCAAUCUCUACUUGUCGCUUGUCGAGAAUCGGAGGCGCGUUUCCUCGUUCGAUCACUUGGAGGAAAAUUAAGAAUAGGAUUAGCUGAGCAAAGCGUUUUGGUAGCUCUAGGAAAUGCGUUCACAAAUCAUAAGAUUUCUAAAGAAGGAUUGAAACUCUCAUCGUCGAAGUUUGAUGAGAUGAAAGCUAAUGAUGUUCUCACACUUAAAACAACAUACUGCCAGUGCCCCAACUACGAUAAGAUUAUUAAAGUAGCUCUGGAGGAGGGAUUAGAAAAUAUCUCUGAAAAGUGUAAACUCACUCCUGGAGUUCCGUUAAAACCCAUGCUUGCUCAUCCGACGAAAGGCAUAUCUGAGAUUACACGGAGAUUUGGAGAAUCAGAAUUUGCUUGUGAAUGGAAGUAUGAUGGAGAAAGAGGACAGGUUCAUUACUGUACCAAUGGUGACGUUCAUAUUUAUAGCCGUAAUCAAGAAAACAACACUUCUAAGUAUCCUGACAUCAUUGAAAACAUUAAGCAGUGUAUGUCCGACGAGGUUCAAAGUUUCAUAGCAGACGCCGAGAUCGUUGCGUGGGAUGUUGAGAAAAAGUCUAUUCUUCCUUUCCAAGUUUUAACCACUCGUAAAAGAAAGAAUGCCGGUGAUUCCGAAAUCAAGGUGAAAGUCUGCGUUUUCCUGUUCGAUCUGCUUUACUUCAAUGACGAACCGUUGGUUACGAAAUCGUUUCGUGAGCGAAGAGAAACACUACGCAACAACUUUAAAACAAUUGAGGGACUUUUCCACUUCGCAACUGAUUUGGAUUCUACUGAUACGGAUGAAAUUAAUGUGUUCCUAGAAGAAGCUAUCAAGGGUAACUGUGAAGGUCUCAUGGUCAAGACAUUAGACGAAAAUGCUACUUACGAAAUCGCUAAAAGAUCUCAUAACUGGCUGAAGCUGAAAAAAGAUUACCUUGAUGGGGUUGGGGAUACUCUUGAUCUCGUUGUUAUCGGUGCCUUCUAUGGAACAGGUAAAAGAACUGGUGUUUAUGGUGGAUAUUUGCUAGCUUGCUAUAACCAAGCAGGAGAGGAGUAUCAAACAAUUUGUAAAAUUGGAACAGGAUUUUCUGAUGCAGACCUCAAAGUUCAGCACGAGUUGCUAUCACAACAUAUCAUUGAAAAGCCAAGAUCAUAUUAUGCCUACGAUGAAACUUUGAAGCCUGAUGUUUGGUUUGAUCCAGAAAUAGUUUUUGAGGUUAAAUGUGCUGAUCUCUCAAUAUCUCCUCGCCAUUUAGCCGGUAAAGGUCUUGUCGAUAGAGAGAAGGGUAUCUCUCUGCGAUUUCCCAGAUUUUUGAGAAUAAGAGACGAUAAGAAAGGAGAAGAUGCAACCUCAGCCGAGCAAGUUGCUUCCAUGUACAACAACCAGGAUCAAAUUAAAAACCAAGUGUCUGAGAAAAUUGAGGACGACGAGUUCGAAUACUGA